GUGUGCUGUGGCCACAGUGUUCAGGAAAUGCUGGUAGUGCACAAACACACACACAUACAAAUCCAUCUUCAGUUUAAAUUAGAAGUGCAUCAUGUGGAACGGUUAAAAUGUACUUGUGAUGUGUGUCAAAACACCAAAGACACUUUUGACUGGUGAAAAUUGUGUGUAAUAAGUCUUAUUAUUGAAUGUAAACAAAUGGUGUCUGUAGUGUUCAUUGAGUUUUUCUCCGGUUUAACACAUGUAUAUGAGUUACUUCGGACCCAAUGAAGAUGAAUCGGUACAUCACACUCAACCAGUUAGGAGAUGGUACAUAUGGGUCAGUGGUCCUGGGACAGAGAGUUGAUACUGGUGAGAAAGUUGCAAUUAAAAGGAUGAAACGAAAGUAUUAUUCUUGGGAUGAAGCGAUGAAUUUACGAGAAGUAAAGUCGCUGAAGAAACUGAGCCAUGCAAAUGUUGUAAAGUUGAAGGAGGUCAUUAGAGAAAAUGACACACUAUACUUUGUUUUUGAAUAUAUGAAGGAAAAUCUUUAUCAGCUGAUGAAAGACAGAGAAAAAUACUUUCCUGAACCUAUCAUACGCAACAUGAUGUAUCAGGUCCUUCAAGGCUUGGCUUUCAUGCAUCGUCACGGUUUCUUUCACCGUGAUAUGAAACCAGAGAAUUUGCUUUGUAUGGGACCAGAGCUAAUUAAAAUUGCAGACUUUGGACUUGCAAGGGAGAUCAGGUCCCGACCACCAUACACUGACUACGUUUCUACACGAUGGUAUCGUGCCCCCGAGGUGUUGCUUCACUCAACAGUGUACAGCAGCCCGAUUGAUAUAUGGGCUGUUGGCUGUAUUAUGGCUGAACUUUACACUUUUCGCCCCCUCUUCCCUGGAAACAGUGAAAUAGAUGAAAUAUUUAAAAUAUGCUCAGUUCUUGGAACUCCAGACAAGAGAGACUGGCCAGAAGGUUAUCAUCUUGCCAGUGCAAUGAACUUCAAGUUCCCUCAGUUUUCUCCUACCCCACUUAGCUCUGUCAUUCCUAAUGCAAGUAAAGAUGCCAUUUUAUUGAUCGAAGACAUGCUACGUUGGAAUCCAAGCAAGAGGCCUACAGCUCAGCAGUCCCUCAGGUACCCAUACUUUCAAGUGGGUCAGAAGCUUGGAAAUUUGAUUCAACAGCAAGACGCUUUGAGUAGAACGAGGAGCAACGUUGCUCUCACUAACAGUUUUAGUCACCGCCAUCAGCCCUCUGCUCUCGUGUACACAUUCUCUCAACAAGACAGUACUGCAGGAAGGACAAAUAAAACCAACGCCACGCUGUCUCACAGUAUUGGUCACCUUCAUAACCCGAAUCUCAUGUACAGUUUGAAGCUCAGACAUAACAAAGGCAGUGGAAUCAUAUCACAGCCUCAGAGCAACAUUCAUCAACAGCAGUCACUACUAAGUUAUAGUCAGAGAAAGGACGUUCAGCCAAGCAGCAAGUGGGAUGAUAAUCAUGAUGAGUUUUCUGAUAUUCUUGGUGGAAGAAUUCUUCCUCCAGAACCAAAAUCAAAAGGUGUAAAGGAUUGGACCCACAAGGAAAAUCGACCAGCACGGCAUGCUUCAUACCAGCAUCAGCCGUCAGCACAGUCACACACAUCGCAGCAGCAAUUGAGAAGGAAACUGAGUGCCAAGCAGCAUUACCUCACAGUGGCCCGGUAUGUGGCCGGUCAAAGUACAAACAUUAAUAAUGGAAGCAGGGAUGGGGCAGUACGUCAGUCUGCCAAUGAACAUAUCCUGUCAACACGAGAUUACUCACCAUCCUUAUGGAGCCAGCAGGGAAACUAUGGUGGUGUUGUAGACACAGGGGGUUCGAUGACAGCAAAGCAACAUUACCUCACUCGUUCGCGAUACAUUGCGGGACAGAGCACCAAGUUACCACUCCGCAACUCAAAUGCAAAUGCUAUGACAUACGGGUCUGUAGAUGUAGGUUCAGAAGUGAAGAGUCCCCAUGUGUCUAUGUCUCUUCAGUCGAAUACAUUAUUUGCAGGGCCAGCUAUUGGGCCAAAGCACAGUGGUGGUGCACAUGGGCGCAUAGAUUGGGCUGCAAAGUAUUUAAAAUGACUGAAAGAAAUUGGUUACGGAGAUCAAAAUCAUCUCUUAACAGUACUGUGAUAUAAUGAAUGUUUACUGUAUCUUAUUGUAAGAUAUGGUUGUAUGAGGAAGACGAAAUAGGAUUUAAUAUGUGUAGAUCAUAUUGUAAUUUUGUUGUGUAUAUGUACAAUAAACAUUCACUCUAGAUUUAGAAUAAAUGUAAUUUUAAUAAUAAAUUAAAUAUCGUCAUAUGUA